UAAACAAAGCAAGAUGGCGGAGACAGGAGCAGCUGAGGUCGGGAACUCGAGGACCGAGAGCUGGAGAGAGAUGGUAAGGGAAGUGUGGUCUGUGUUGGUUGCAGCUUCUACUGUUACGUGGAUCGCAGCUGUGUUGGGUAUGCUGAGAGUAACAGAGGCCCAUGCUAACACUGUCACCUACACCUUUACACAGUUCCCUUAUAAAGAAUCUGUGGCUAAUGAGAAGCUGUGGUCAGAGUAUGAGGUAGCCUGUGCGCAGUCCCCAAGAUGCCUGGAGCUCCGAGGCGUGCAGCAUACGCGUUGCGUCCGUCAAUGCGUGUCUCCUUCUUGCUAUCUUGACAUCUAUACACAUGAUGAGCUUGAAGAAGGAGAAAUUGAUGUGCGGCUGUCUUCCUUCAAAGGAUGCUUUCUUCAACGUAUGUCAGGACAUCGGCGUCCCUGAGGCCAGCCGGACUCUGUUCUCGCCCACCCUCGGCCAUCCCCAAACAGGAUUCCAUUCCCCCCAGACCCUCUGAUGCAGCUCUGGUCCCGUCUCUUUGUGCGGGACUUGGAGGAGGUGGCACUCAUGGUCUACCCAUGGCCAAGGGUUCCUGUGACUAGGUUCUGAUGAAAUAAUACCCAUGACUGUAGGUACUUUUUUGAGGGGUGGAGUUUGACUGUAGCUUUGAGACAAUUGUGGAAAAAAAAUAGUGAAGAUUUGAAGAAUUUAAGAUUUGGUUCUUGGUCAGCUGCAGUCUAGGAAGUGAAUAAUCAGUGCUACUCAUGGGUUUUUAUUGUGAUCUAAACAGUACCAAAGACGAGUUCAGAGAGAUGAAUAUCACUGAAAGGGGAACUUUUAUAAUAGACUUACAUGUGUCUUAGUGGAAACAUGAAAAAGAACAUAGUCUUUUUUUUCAAAACAACUGUCUGUGUAUAAUUUUUCUAUGUCAUCUACUACACUGGUACAUAAGGAUAUAUAGAAACUUGCAUCUAUUUUACACAAAUGUAAAUGAUACCUCAAAAUAGCAACCUAUAAAUAGGUGAAACAGUUCAUCUGAA